AAAAAAAAAACGUUGAGAAGCACCUAGGUUCCCGCUCCGUCUUCUUCCUACUUCGCACUCCUACUUAAAUCAUACUCUCUCUCUCUCUCUUUCCCCUCCGAUGUCCUCCGACGAUCCUUCCCCCAUCGUCGACCUCGCCCAAAUCAACCUCAACGCCGCCUCCUCCCCUUCUCCUCUCUCCCUUCGCCUCCACGAUGCGCUCCGAGCUUGUUCUCAGGCUGUGGAAUCCGGCGACUUAAGUGGCUCCGACUCGGCCGUAGCCGCAGUGAUCGAUCUCCUUAAUUCCGCUGCUGAUCCGCCGCAAUCUGAUGCUGAGAGGGUGGUUCCAGAUGCUAGGGUUUGUGAGGAGUUGCUCGUUGAGGUCCAGCGAUUUCUUUCGAAUCCUUCUUCUAAUCAGAUGGUUGUUGAUGCUCUCUCGCUUGACCUGCCCAAAGUGGUGGCUAAGUAUGGAGCUUUAUCAGACAAAUGUCGAGAAAUUGCGGGCACUAUUGUCGAAUUCCUUGUGUCCACCUGUAGUCCGCGCGACAUGCUAUCCAUCCUCUGCGAGGCAUUAGAUGUGCAUAUUAGAGUGUCCAAAGAACCAACAUACUUCAUUCUACUCUUCGACGGACUUGCAAAAGUAUUUGUUCAAAUCCAGAGGCAUCAUGUUGAACAAGUAAAGGCAGCCCUCCCCAUUAUUCUCCAAGUUCUGCGUGCCAUCUCUUNGUAA